CUGUCAAAUAGGCCCACUCGCACUCAGUAGUUUUCGUUGUGCAAAAAGCUUCUCACUGUACAGAAAAUAUAUUUGCGAAAAAACAGUUGGGCUGACUUCUUUUAGAAUUUUAUUAACUACUUAACAAUAAUGGAACCCUAUGAUGUUGUAGUUAACCAACCUGUUGUAAUUGAUAAUGGUUCUGGUGUUAUCAAGGCUGGUUUUGCCGGUGAACAUAUUCCGAAAUGUUACUUUCCCAACUAUAUCGGAAGACCGAAACAUGUACGAGUUAUGGCUGGUGCACUUGAAGGUGAUAUAUUUGUUGGACCAAAGGCAGAAGAGCAUCGGGGUUUGCUGAGUAUAAGAUAUCCAAUGGAACAUGGAAUUGUUACAGAUUGGAAUGACAUGGAAAGAAUUUGGAGUUAUAUCUAUAGUAAAGAACAACUAGCUACAUUCACAGAGGACCAUCCUGUUUUGUUAACAGAAGCACCUUUGAAUCCUCGAAGAAAUCGCGAAAAGGCAGCUGAAUUCUUUUUCGAAGGCAUUAAUGCUCCAGCCCUAUUCGUUUCAAUGCAAGCAGUGCUUAGUUUAUACGCAACUGGACGAGUAACAGGUGUUGUUUUAGACUCUGGUGAUGGUGUGACUCAUGCUGUUCCCAUCUAUGAAGGCUUUGCUAUGCCUCACAGUAUUAUGCGUGUUGAUAUUGCUGGUCGAGAUGUUACACGCUAUCUUCGAACGCUUAUUAGAAAAGAAGGAUUCAAUUUCCGUUCGACAGCAGAGUUUGAAAUAGUCCGAUCAAUUAAGGAGAGGGUCUGUUAUUUAGCGAGCAAUCCACAAAAAGAAGAAAAUAUAGAAACUGAAAAGGCUUCUUACACAUUACCCGAUGGAAAGACGCUUGAGAUUGGACCUGCGAGGUUUAGAGCUCCGGAAGUACUUUUUAGACCUGAUUUGCUGGGUGAAGAAUGCGAGGGUAUUCAGGACGUUCUGAUGUAUUCAAUAGAAAAGUCCGAUAUGGAUUUGCGAAAGAUGCUGUAUCAAAAUAUCGUUCUCUCUGGUGGUUCAACGUUAUUCAAAGGUUUUGGUGAUAGGCUCCUCACAGAGAUGAAGAAGCACACAUCAAAAGACUUAAAAAUUAGAAUUGCUGCUCCUCAAGAACGUCUCUAUUCAACAUGGAUGGGAGGUUCUAUAUUAGCUUCUUUAGAUACAUUCAAGAAAAUGUGGAUCUCAAAGCGAGAAUACGAAGAAGAGGGUCAAAGGGCUGUGCACAGAAAGACUUUUUAGUUUGUUUAAAUUUAUAUUUUUACUACCAGGCCUGCUUUCGAUUUGAUUUUCGUCAUUUAUUUAGUUGAAAAAAAAGUUUGACGUUGUAAAUGCAUAGUUGUGCAUUUUAAAAAUGUAAAAGAAAUAAUGGCUUGUAGGCAUAAUUAUUAUCAUUAGAAAACAAGCUAACACUUUGGUUUUCUCAUGGCCAUUUAAAUAAAAAUUUUCGCAUAAUGUAUUUAUUAUAGGACACAACAAAAAUCCCAAGUUUAUAUUCUGUUUUCUAUUUCAUUUUUAAUAAUUAAUAAAAAUAAAGUCCGUAAAUUUAUUGAAAACAAAAACAAAAAUUAAAAUACAAACGAUGCAUUCACAUUAAAAGUAUUUAGAAACAAACAUUUUAAAUCGCACAAUUUGCUAGACUUUACAUUUACAAAAGUAAGUGUUUCUUAAAUCGCUAUACACUAUAAAUACUCAUUUUAGUGAAAUUAAGUUUAUUUAAUCGCGACCGUUGAAACAACUAAGUGAUUUUUUUUCAAUAAAACAUAAUUUUAACUACAUAAAUGUUAACAAGACUUUUGUUACAGAAACCGAACCCCCCAGUUCAAGUGCUUGAAAAAUUUUGCAAUAAACUAACUUUUCAUUAUAUUUAUAUCGAAAAUACUGAAAACCUGAGAAUCUCAAUAUGGUUGAGCGAUUUAAAGAAUUGAGACUAAGACUCGCGAAAAUAUUCAGAAAUGAAUCACUUUGUUUUCUGUUAAAAAUUAAAUUUGGUAUAUCUGCUUAUAAAUAUAUUAAGUGUGUUUGCAAAAGGUUCUCUUACAAAGUUUUGUAUAUGAAGGCUAUCGGGGAUAAAAUUUCCCAACGAUGAAAUUUGCAAAUACUCAUAACCUUUUUCUUUGUGAGCUAAAAUUUUACAAUUCGAAAUGAUAGCCAAGAUUCUCGUGACACUUCAUUUCAAUCAAAAUAAACAUCAAGGAAUACUUUUGACAAUAUUCAAGUUCCCAAAUUACGAAGAAGGGGAAAUUCCUCGGGGAAUAUUAUUGACGAUAACUUCCUAUGUUAUGUAUUUUUUUUUUGUGUGAGACCAUUACUCUAAAUAAUUCCUUUUAUAAUAGACAAAUUUCCUCGAGAAUACAAAUGAGAAAGAGACGUUCAUGGGUACUUACUGAAGAAUAUACUGGAGCAUCAUAUAGGGUCAACAUUUUAAUAUUUCUAUAUUUUUAAACAUUUUAAAAUUAAUUUAUUUAUGUUGACUAGCUUUGUUAUGAUAACGUUCAUUAAUGAAUUAAUUAAUAAAUUAUAUUUAUUCCAAAAAUA